CCCGGCCCGCACUGCGCAUGAGCGGGGGAAGGCGGCGGAAGGGCCCGUGAGGAGCCGGAGCCGCCGCCGCGGGAGGAAGCGCCGCUGCCGCCGCCGCCGCCGCCCUCAGAGUCCGCCCGAGCCGGGAGGGGAGAGGCCCGCACAGCCCCCACCAUGAACAAGUUGAAAUCAUCACAGAAGGAUAAAGUGCGUCAGUUUAUGGUCUUCACACAAUCCAGUGAAAAGACAGCAGUGAGUUGUCUCUCUCAGAAUGACUGGAAGUUAGAUGUUGCAACAGACAACUUUUUCCAAAAUCCUGAACUUUAUAUACGAGAGAGUGUUAAAGGAUCGUUGGACAGAAAGAAGUUAGAACAACUAUAUAACAGAUACAAAGAUCCUCAAGAUGAAAAUAAAAUUGGUAUAGAUGGUAUACAGCAGUUCUGUGACGAUCUAGCUCUUGACCCAGCCAGCAUUACUGUUCUCAUCAUUGCAUGGAAAUUCCGAGCUGCAACGCAGUGCGAGUUCUCAAUGGAAUUCAUGGAUGGAAUGACUGAACUGGGAUGUGACAGCAUAGAAAAACUGAAGGCCCAGAUUCCUAAAAUGGAACAAGAAUUAAAAGAGCCAGGAAGAUUUAAGGAUUUUUAUCAGUUUACUUUCAACUUUGCAAAGAACCCAGGACAGAAAGGUUUAGAUUUAGAAAUGGCCAUUGCCUACUGGAAUUUAGUACUUAAUGGAAGAUUUAAAUUUCUAGACUUGUGGAACAAAUUUUUGUUGGAACAUCAUAAAAGAUCAAUUCCUAAGGAUACCUGGAACCUUCUUCUAGACUUUAGUACAAUGAUAGCAGAUGAUAUGUCUAACUAUGAUGAGGAAGGGGCAUGGCCGGUUCUUAUUGAUGACUUUGUGGAAUUUGCACGCCCUCAAAUUGCUGGGACAAAAAGUACGACAGUGUAGCACUAAAGGACCCUUCUAGAGUGUACAUAGUCUGUACAAAUACCUGAAAUGGAAAAUUGCACAGUCAAUUUCUGCUGGCUGGACUGAACUGAAGAUCAAUCCUCACAAUGAGGCUGAGGGUUGAGACAAACCUUUAAGGAUACAUCUUGGACCAUAUCAUAUUUCAUUCUUCUCCUGGUGGUUUGGGCUUUUCUUCUAGUCUGGACCGCUCUUGCCCGUUAAAAUUCCAACAUUGUGGAUUUCAUCAUGGGUUUAUUUUUUUGUUGGUGGAUCACCCUAGUUUCAUCUCCCAUAAGCCCUAGAAGCUUUUAUAAUUAUUUUGAGGUUUCUGGUUUCACAUAAAGCACAAUGCUGGUCAUCAUCAGACAACUGUUGUAUGGCAUCUGAAUUAUACAGAUCAACACUGAAACCAUUUUUCAAAGAAUCUCCUUAAAUAUACACUUGGGGCUGGUUGCAAAGACUGUACUGAGAGCACUUCCUGCAAGAGUGAUAUAUUUAAGUGUCCUGGGUCUGAGUUUUUUCUUUUCUGGAAAAGUGCAGGUAUUGUCUAAGUGAGUUUGAGUAUCUGGAAAAAAACAAAUGCAGAACUAAGCCAGAAAUCCCAAGGUGGUUGCUCCUGGGGUCUCUGGGUGCCUCCCUGCCUGGUUUGAUCGUGCCCCAGCUGGCUGUGAGGGCAGCUGAGCUACGACACAACUCUGUGCACUUAAGCGCUCAUGUGUGAUGUCAGAGCGCUCAGUGGCAUCAGUGGGAUGAGCUGUGUGUGUCCUCAUGGCAUCCAAUAUUCCCUAGGUUACUGUCUAAGAAACCAGAUUUCACUGCAGUUCUGAAAUGCUUAUCUGUCUGUCAGAGAAAGGUUUUUCAUUUCUGUGGAAAUCGAAAACUUGAAUAUACUGAAUUUGUGUCUUAACUGUUUGCUACACAAUACAGUAUUUUAAAUUGAGAUGUGUAACUUUUAUGGUUGAGGUAUGAUGAAGCAAAUGGCCCUGUUGUACAAGAAGCUGGUGAGUUUGAUGUGAAUCUAGGUUUUGAAACCAUUAUCCUGAUAAGUAAGGUAAAUCUUUGUAACAUAGAGGUACUGCCGUUACAGAUGACACCCUUUUUUCAGUUAUUUUGUUGAGUUUUCCUUAAAUUGACAUAUCACUGUGGUUGCCAAAUACAGAAAUUAAGAGUAAAGCUUUCCCAAACAAGCACAGAUCAGAUACAAACUACUACACUGGCUUUGUUUGUUUAAAUUAUUUUGUUGAUCACUACUUCUUACUGUCCUCCCGUGUUUGACUAAAUCAAGUUCAUUUGGAUCAAAGCAGGUUUUAUCAGAUGCAAUUAUUCUUUAAUAUUACAAGAACUCUCGAGCUGCUUUUGUGGUCUUUUACUCCUCACUUAGUUACUUGUGAAGAGGUUUGGUAAAUCCUGCUCUGUAAAAGAAGCUCCAGGAGAGGAGACAGACCGGAGUUACAAGUGAGGAGAGAGUUGAGUUUGUGCUCUAAAUAGUGCUGUGAUAAGGCCAGAAUUAUUUUUGAGAUGAGUCAUUGGUACUUGCACUAAACAGCAGCACACUUUUAUGCAGAUGCUAAAAGUAUUUUAGGGAAAAAUUGAAAACUAUUAAACGGAUGAAAAUUUUUUAUUUGUACUCCCUGAAGUUGCCCUUAAGGCUGGCUCCCCUUUUAGCAAAUCAACUUGUGCGUUUAUUCCAAAAAUACAGUUCCACAAAACCAUUGCAAACCUGCUCCAGCUACUGGAAUUGGCUAUGCCAAAAACUGUGUGUUUUGCUGCUUUCAGUAUUUCCUUUUGUGUAAAUAUAAACGGGGACUUGAAAUUACGGGGGUGGGUGGGGUGGAAAAAAGCUCGACAAGGUUAUCUCUGCGUGCUGUUUUCUGUCUUGAGGGUUUUGGUACCGUUUCAGAUUGAUUAGUUCAAGUAUUGCUGUGUUUGGAGAGGAGAACUGACUUGCUUUUUAUCCCAAUGCAGACUUGUCCCUCCAGAAAGUCUGAGAUUGGGCAGUGGCGAAAUGCCGUGGUGUUUUAAAGACUAUUCCUUUUGAAUGCAAGAUCUUUUCAACAAAAUAGUGUUGUCAUCAGUUUGGUACUACAUGCUUAUAAUUACUGUGUAAUUAUAAAGAAAUACAUAAAACUUUGACUUAUUAUGUUGCAGAAAAGGGGUUAUUUGUGCUAUCAUGGCAUCUUAAAAAGUUUUUCAAAAUGACUGAAGUUGAAAGAAACAUUGAUUUAACAGGGUGUUGUUUUAAGGACAAAAAUGCCUGGUUACAGGGAAUAUUUUGUACUGAAACGUGCUCGGAUGUGGCCACGUGUGUUUUUCCUUUAUAUAUUUGUGUGGUUUUCUCUUUUUUUUUUCUUUUUUUUUUUUUUUGAGAAUGCAGCCAGUUGGUUCCUUGGAUUGCUUUAAUUCGUAAGUGCUUACGUCUUCAAUUCGAUGAUCUCCCCACAAAUGGAUCGAUUUGAUUUUGCCAAAUGUCAAGGGGAAAAAAAAAAAGGCAAAACCAUCAAGUUUGUAACCUGUUUUUAUACAUUAAAUAUGUACAAAAUUAGAAGUGCCCUGAUAUAAAACACUUAAUCUCGAGGUUAUAUUUAGUAAAAAACCGUCAUUUACAUAUCUCUGUAAGUUCAAAUGUAACUUCUUACAAUCCCUCUCAUUACCAACAGAGGCAAUAAAGCUCCAGUGAAAUUGCCAUGA